AUGUCUGAGCCUUUGUCGACGGGCAUCCGUCUCCUGACCGCCUCGACGGCCGAUGUCGCCUUAAUCCUCGACGGCAUCGUCCACCUGCACGCCUCGUGCAUCUUGAACGACGGCACGUUGGCCACGUUCCUCCCGCCGCUGUCACACCCGCAGAUGUACCAGUGGUGGGAGCAGCGUUUGAGCGAGGUCGGCCGGGGCGAGCGACACAUCAUUAUCUGCCUAUCGAAGGUGCGAGAUCGGACGAAUGACAAAAACAUUCCCGCGCCAUGGAACGACGAAGGGAGGACUUGGCCCAUUGUCACCCGGUCGACGAACCCUGCACCUACUACCAGUGCCCACGAUCCUACAGCCGCUUCGGAACAACUGGACAUCUCGGGUGUCGUCUCCCUGGCCACGCCCUUCUCGCAGACCGGGCCCUUCCGCGCCGUCGUGGAAAAGCUCUUCGUUUCACCGCUGCACCGCCGCCGCGGCAUUGCCAAACAGCUGAUGGCGCGGCUCGAGCGUGUCGCCGUGGACCGGGGCCGCUGGAGCCUCAUGCUCGACACCGAGGUCGGCUCCGACGCCGAGCACGUCUACCCUCGUCUCGGGUACGAGCGGCUGGGCGUCGUGCGCGAGUACGGCUAUUCCCCCCGCGACGGCAGCUUGGUCGACGAGGUGUGGUUCUGGAAGGAUCUCAGGACGAUGAAGAGGCUGGUGGAGGAGGAGAAGAGGAAGAAGGAGGAAGGGGAGGCUUGA